UACAAGUUCAAGAUAUUGUAUUUGAACACUAUUUUCCAAGAUUACUCUGUUUUUGUUUUAUCAAGAUCGAAUAUAAAAUGUUACACACACAAAAGCUUUUUAUCUGUAAUAUAACUUCCUGGUUAUCAAGAAGGACUAGACAUAUCAUAAAUGUAUAUUGCUCAACAUUGAUCAAUGGCAAUUUACCUGUACAACAGAAAGAAACUAUUGAUGUUCGAGAGACGAAGAAACUGAUUGAAAUAAAAACAAAAUUAUCGAAAAUGAAGAAGGAAAGCAAAGUAACGGAAUAUAUCGAACAGUCUAUAUCAUGUGAUAAAGAGAUUUUGGACAUUAUUAAUUAUAUACAAAAAGUUAAUCCAGAUAUAAGUGAUAUCAUUCAAUUAUUGGGAAAGCAUAGAAAUAUAUCAUUUAAAAGAGCAGAUACAACUAUAUUACAUCUAAUUGACAAAGAUACUGCUGCAAAAUAUGUCUCUUUGAUAAAAAAUGACCUUUCGAAAAAUAUGUGUUAUGUUGCCGAAUUGAAUCCUGGUUUUGGUGUAUUAACAAGAGAAUUAUUGAAAGCUGGUGUACCACUAAUUCAUUUGUACGAAGGUAAUUUAAGAUUACAUAAGAUACUGGAAAUGAUCUGUACAAAAUAUCCUGAAAAACUGAAACUGAUCUCUUCUAAAUAUUCUAAUCUCUUUGGAAAAAUAAGAGCGUUUUACGACAAUAAAGUUACUGAAGAAGUUACUAAGAAAUAUCAAGAGAGUUUUAAAGCGAUAGAGAGCAAAAAUUGGAAAGAUGAAACUUACAUGCAAAUAAUAGGUGCAUGUGAUAGUACACAUUUAUUUAAUUUUAUUAUACAUAGUUUAAUUUUUCGCAAUGGUUUUAUGUUUUAUGGAAGGCCUGUCUUCUACAUCGCGAUACCUCCAUCUGUGUGGAAUAAUUAUAAUAUUUUCACUAGUUUCAACACAUAUAGCUAUGCAAAGGUGAUGUUCAAAUUAAUGUUUAAUUAUGAACUUCUGGGAACAUUGAGCAGAAAAGCUUUUAUACCUUGGCCGAAAAAGAAACAAUGUAAACGUAAUUCAGCUUUUUUGUCGGCAAAACAAAAUUACAAGCAGCUGUAUGUGAUAAAACUUGAGCCCAAAGCUGACAUUUACACACAAUUAUCGCCAAAAGAUUGGAUAACAUUUUCUUAUUUUGUGAGACAUCACAUGCGGAAACGCUGUACCAGAGUGAUACCUGCAUUGGAGAAAUGGAUACCAGGCUGUGGAAUUAGACUCAUAGCUAAAGAUUACACGAUAUAUACACAAUUUGGAGACUUGAUGCCAACACAAAUUCUGGAACUCUUUAAAGAAUUUAAAUCCUGGCCAGAAUAUAAAGAGAGCUAUUUCAUAGAUUCUAUGAAUAAUUCUGUAGGUGCACAUAACGAAUUCGAAUUUUUUAAUGAAUAAUCC